UUGGUGUCCUGUGUGUCUUUUAACCUCGCCGUCCCUCGCCGGACUCGGCUCCCUUGGCCGGACGCGGAAAUUGGAGGUUCCCACCGAGAUCCGGAAAGCAGGGGAACUGAGAAGCCCAUUUGGAUCCCGGAGCGCUGCACCAGACCGGUGAAUGAAAAUUCAAGACAAAAUGAAGUUCCCAAGAUGGCUGAUCCUGCCGCUGUUGUUCUCACCCCUUCAAGUGAGUGCCGAGACACACCUCAUGAGCUGGACCCCGCUUGUGGCAUUCCUUCUGGACAGGUUUGUUGAAGGAGGGCUUGACCCCCCACCUGGGAAUAUUCAUGAAUAUCUUUUUGGAGCCCCUUGCGAGUGUAAGGGAGGGCCCCGGCACUCGGCCCCCUCUGGUUAUAUCCAGAGCAUUGAUUGUGGGACUAAAGUAGCCUACAUGGCGGCUGAACUCAAUGAAAACAUCGGAGGAUUUAAGCAACCAAAAUGGGUAUGUGUUAAUAAGCCCGGACUUGUUGUCCCUAAUCCGACCGAGACUCUUGGAAGCUGUUCCGCCACUUGUCAUUACACCCCGGCAAUGCACAUCUCCUGUUAUACAUCGGCCUCAAUUUGUGUUAAUAAUCAAGGAAAACAGUAUUUUGAGGCCAUCCUAACUAACACCCGUGGAGAAUGGGGGACCACUUAUAAUUAUAUUCCUUUUCUUGGUGACCGGGGAGGGGAAGGCAUCACGACUCGGUUAAUGGAGGCGGGAUGUGAGGGUGUCGUGGGUAAACCUUCCUGCUGGCCCAUGCAGGCCCCCAUCGGAGUCUCUGAUGGAGGGGGACCCACUGAUGCUAUCAAACACCUUCAGGUGAUUAAGCUUUUAAAGCUGGAGAUCCCUAAGCCUACAUACCACCCCUUGAUAUUGCCCAAAUCCCAGUUUCCUGAUUUAGAUGCCAAUACAUUAGAUAUCCUAGAAACUACCUUUUCUUUACUUAACAGUUCCAACCCUACCCUUGCUGGUGAUUGCUGGCUCUGCAUGACGGCAGGUGCAGUCAUGCCAUUGGCGGUUCCCAUCAAUUAUACCAUUGAUGAUGACAACACAUGUCAAUCUGGGCUACCCUUUAAGGUGCAGCCUCUAGGUGGUUUUAUGUCAUGCCUUCUGGGCAUGAUGCAAAAUAAUACCUAUGAUGUUGAUGUUGGAAUCUCUUCCUUUGGAAACUGCUCAUUAGUAAAGAAUUACUCCUCACCUACUCCGCCCAUUUGUCCCCCUAAUGGUACAGUCUUUAUGUGUGGUGGAAAUUUAGCUUUUCCCAGGCUCCCAGCAAAUUGGACUGGUGGUUGCGUUCUGGCAUUAUUGCUUCCUGAUAUCACGAUUAUCUCAGGAGAUGAACCCCUACCCAUUCCUAGCCUAGACAUCUUAGUUAGAAGACACAAGAGAGCUGUGCAGGCCUUACCACUCCUUGUUGGCCUUGGAAUAACCGCUGCUGUGGGUACAGGCACGGCAGGAUUGGGUACGGCUAUACAUUCUUACCGCCGCCUAUCUCAACAGCUUAUAGAUGAUGUGCAAACCCUGUCGGGAACCAUUAAAGACUUAUAAGACCAGAUAGACUCCCUAGCAGAAGUAGUUCUUCAGAACAGGCGGGGUUUAGACUUGCUUACUGCCAAUCAAGGGGGAAUUUGUUUAGCCCUUGGGGAGAGGUGCUGUUUUUAUGCUAACAAAUCUGGCAUAGUUCGCACAAAAAUUAAACAACUCCAAGAAGACCUAAAAAAAAGGAGGAGGGAAUUAUUU